GGACUUUGGGCCUUUUCUUGUGUCCUGUUUGUUAAAGGCAUGCUGGCUACAGCAUUCAAGAGGGCCGUUCCUUAACAAAGGGAAAGAUAAAUGUAAAUAAGCUCACAUUUUCAGAAUGGGCGCUCUGCUGUAAGAAGCUGCGGCAGCCCAGAGUCUGCUACUUUGGGCUGGGCUAACCUUUCCCUGUAAAAAAAUAAUGGAUUAAAAUAUGCACUUCUAAAGUGCGAGAUGCCCGUUUACAUGUUUAUUAGCUAAUUGUCUACAGGCAUGAGCACACUCUCAUCUAGCACACUCUUUCUUGGGGACGAAAACAUUUCCUACCUGUCCCUAGUCUCAGAGUGGUGAACCCUGCAGCCAGCAGGUCUCCUGAAAAAAAUCCAUGGGUGACAGAAGAUUCAUUGAUUUCCAAUUCCAAGAUUUAAAUUCAAGCCUCAGACCCAGGUUGGGCAAUGCUACUGCCAAUAGUACUUGCAUUGUUGAUGAUUCCUUCAAGUAUAAUCUGAAUGGUGCUGUCUACAGUGUUGUAUUCAUCCUGGGUCUGAUAACCAACAGUGCCUCUCUGUUUGUCUUCUGCUUCCGCAUGAAAAUGAGAAGUGAGACUGCUAUUUUCAUCACCAAUCUGGCCCUCUCCGAUUUGCUCUUUGUCUGCACUCUACCUUUCAAAAUAUUUUACAAUUUCAACCGCCACUGGCCUUUUGGUGACACCCUCUGCAAGAUCUCUGGGACUGCAUUUCUCACCAACAUCUAUGGGAGUAUGCUCUUCCUCACCUGUAUUAGUGUGGAUCGUUUCCUGGCCAUUGUCUAUCCCUUCCGAUCUCGUACCAUUAGGACCAGGAGGAAUUCUGCUAUUGUGUGUGCUGGAGUCUGGAUCCUAGUCCUCAGUGGUGGCAUUUCAGCUUCUUUGUUCUCCACCACUAAUGUCAACAAUGCAACCACCACUUGCUUUGAGGGCUUCUCCAAACGUGUCUGGAAGACUUAUUUGUCCAAGAUCACCAUAUUUAUUGAAGUUGUUGGGUUUGUCAUUCCUCUGAUAUUGAAUGUCUCUUGCUCUUCUGUGGUGCUAAGAACCCUCCGCAAGCCUGCUACAUUGUCUCAAAUUGGGACUAAUAAGAAAAAAGUACUAAAGAUGAUCACAGUGCAUAUGGCAGUUUUUGUGGUAUGCUUCGUACCCUAUAACUCUGUUCUCUUUCUGUAUGCCCUGGUGCGCUCCCAAGCUAUUACCAAUUGCUUGUUGGAAAAAUUUGCAAGGAUUAUGUACCCAAUCACUUUGUGUCUUGCAACUCUGAACUGUUGCUUUGACCCUUUCAUCUAUUACUUUACCCUUGAGUCCUUUCAGAAGUCCUUCUACAUUAAUACCCAUAUCAGAAUGGAGUCCCUGUUUAAGACUGAAACGCCUCUGACCACAAAGCCUUCCCUUCCAGCUAUUCAAGAGGAAGUUAGUGAUCAGACAACACAUAAUGGUGGUGAAUUAAUGCUAGAAUCUACCUUCUAGGUACGAGAACUGUCUUUAGGUCCAGAUAUGGUUUCUCCUAUGAUUUUUCCUAUGCUAUGAGUAAGAGAAAAGAUUUGAAGCUAAUGAUACUGAGGAUAGAUUAAUGUACUGAGUGCAGUCAGAUACAUUUAUUUGAAUGUUUAUUGUACAUAUGCUGUUUUGUUCAAUAAUUAUAGGUCAGGUCUAAUUACAACAACCAAAACUCUUCUGCUGGGUUAGAAUUUUAUUGUAUCACAUUACGUAGGUGGUCAGUGGCCUUGACUUUAGUGAUAUGGAGAUUACUUUAAUACUUUUAAAAAGAUAUUUCCAUUCUGAUAAUAUUUGGUAAUUAGGUUGGGCCUAUAAAUAUAGAACAAAUUCAGGGAUUAUUUAAAAAAACUUUUUGUGUUACUACUGAUAAAUGCUAGACUUUUUGUUCCUUUUUUUGAAUUGUCAUUGAGUUUAUUUUAGCACAAGAACAUAUUUUAGCAUAACAUUAUUAAUAAAAAAUGUAUCAAAUUUAAAAGAGCUGGCAAAAUUUAUUGUAUAUAUUUUGAAAGCAGAAAGAUAAAUUGGGUUUGCAUGAAUAUGGGUGGGAAGAAACAGAAAAUUAACUGGAUUUACACAUCUGCAGUCACCGUCAGUUUUUAAAAACUGUUUUCGUUUUUUUACACUAUGUUAAGAUUUUCGUAUGAAACUUAAAAUCCAGAAAGCUGCUGAAUAUGUGCCCAUGACAGGUGCAAAAUGGAAAAUCACAUAAAACAGCAAAUAUCCAUAAAAAAACUAAGCAACACCAACAUUUUUUUCUUAGAAUUUACAAUUAUCUUUCUUUUGAGAGACUGAUUUCUAUAAAAUAUUCUCCAUAUAAAAUUUUGGAGCACAAUGUAGCCAGAAAGCUGCUGCAUUUGUGCCCAGGUCAGGAGCAAAUUGAAAAAAAUUAACAACAAAAUAAUAACAAAAAUAAAACAAUAAAAGAAACAAAAAAACUUUCUCAAAACUUACAUUAAUGAUUUUGGGGGGAGAGGAGUUGACAUCUGUGAUUUUAAAUUACUUAUUCUUUCUUAUUAACUGUUGGAGCACAAUAUAGCCAGAGAUGUGCUGAAUUUGUGCCCAGGUCGGGAACAUAUUGAAAAAAUAUAUAUAAAGCAAACCAAUACAAACAACAACAAUAAACCA